AUGAGGCAAACGUUUGCGCGCGGUGCGCCGCGGUACCAACUCUUAGUUCUGCUCCUCUUUGGUCUCACUUACUGUGUCAAUAUUUUAAACUGGGUGAUGUAUGUCUACUACAGAAAGGACGAGAUUGGGGAUGCCGUGACCUCCGCAUACCUGGCCUUCUCUAUUAUAGGCUGGGUUAUGUUUUUCUUCUUUGCCUCACCCUUUAUAUAUUGGCCGUACAUUUGCGCAGGUGAGAUGGCUCCCAAAGCGAGAAGGAACGCCGCAUGCCUCGGUGUCACUCUCUGCUUUCUCCUGCAUGAUUUCCCAAUGGAGUGGAUUGAGAUAUACUUGGUGCGGUAUCACGGCUGGGGGUACGUUUUUUCAAGUAUAUCACUCUUCCUCGUGAAUAUGUGCUUCGCUAUUGGGUUUUUUACCACCUGGAUCAGUUACAAUUGGCUCAUCAGCAAGCGGCUGCAGUUGUACUGCAGUGGUACCCUGUUGACGACCCCACCAUCGGGGUAUAUGCCGCCAUCUUCAGAGUACUACAUGCCUUCUUCGAGGACCUAG